CUUAACCAUGGAAGCCUUCGCGUCCAUUCUGCACCUCCUCAUCGGCUUCCUCCUCCUCGGUGCUCUCAUUGACAUCGGCGGAGAGGUCGUCUAUAUCUUACGCGCUACGCUGAUCGUCAUCUUCACCUACCUGGCCUCCUUCACCUUCGCCGACGUUCUGUCUCUCAUCUCCAUCGUCGAUCUUCAAGUCUUCGCGGUUCGUUCCGCGACCCUCCCUCCGAUGGUUAUAGAAGACAUACCCGCCGUCGCCGUCUACGAAGGACCUCCCCGUUUCCCAGACCCUUCUGAUUCAACCAAGGACCUGCUCGAUUUCCUCAGCAUCAUGUCCCUGGUAAGCACCGUCAUAGGUUCCCAGCAGGACAGCUCGGAGACCAAGGUCAUUGCUCCUGCCUCCGGCCCGGUCGCGGUUGUCCAGUACCUCGACAUCGUUGUCAGCCUCGUCUCGCGUCAGGGAUCCCUCGUUCCCACUCAUGCUCAUUGCAUGGCUACCUUCAUGCCUCCGCUCUACAGAGUUCCGUCACUAUACCUGACACGCGGUCUUUCCCUCGGGCUCACCCAGAAGCAGUACCUGGACCUGGUCUCUAACUCGAAUGUCAGCCGCGCACUCGGCGAGGGACACCUCAAGCUCGCUCCCCCGUGUCUUACCGCAAAGCCUGUGCCUGGUUCUCGCAUCCUUGCAUUCGAUGUCAGUGCACUCUUCCGCGGCCAGGCACUCCCUGUGCUCCCAAAGGAAGACCUCGAGUUCUGGUGGAACGGACGUACGACAGAGGCCGAGCAGCCUAUCUGUGGGCCGAUCGACAUGGACGACCUCAACAUUGCCUGCGUCUCCGCGCGCACCGUCCCCGUCUCCGGGCUGUUCCCCAGCAUCUCUGACGCGCACGUCGGUCUUCGUCCGCCCCGAGAGCUGCCUCCCCACCCGUUCAUCCCUGCUCCCGCCGCGCCCGCGGCCGUUUCAGACGUGCUGUUCGCCGUCGUCCCACACGCUCGUGUGUGCACUGUCGCUCAGGUCCACAGUCGGCCAGAACCACCUCGCUGCGUUGCGCCUCGUCAGCCCCCGAUCCAGCUGACGCGCAGCGCCGUGCCAACGGGUGCCCAAAACGGCUUCAGGUGGAGCAUGGAUUCUGGCGUCUCGGUCAUGGAGGCGUUGGGCGUGGGCUCGGUCAAGCUCGGUGUCGUCUGCUCUGUGCCGCAGUGA